CAUAAUGCUAACUUGCAGGCCGUCGUCACUACGAACCAUACAGGCGGCCCAAGUUACAAUAUCUUCGAUACGUCGAAGACAUAUACCGCCUCCGGGCACUCUUGAGCAGCGAUUAUUCCGCGAAGUCACGCAACCCGUCUAUAAGGCACCAAGGCUGUCUCGUGCUGAGAAAAUCAUUCUGCAACUCGAGGAAAGAGAGCGUCAGAAGUUGGAAAACCCCUAUCGUAACUUCCUAUUGCGAAAAGCGAAGACGGAGUUUUACGACUUUGCAGAGAACAAAGCCAUGCUAAUCUAUCAGCCCUUCUACUGUCAUUCCUGGGAAUGGCAACCACUUUGGAACAAACUGUAUCACGCUGGUUUCUGUUUUCGUGGUUUUCCUGUGUCCGUCCUUCGAGAAGCAGCAAGAGGCACUAAAUGGCAGACCUUUGCUGACCACGUUCUACGGGAACCUGUCGUCAACAAAUAUCUUUUGGGGAGCAGCGACCCUGCGGCCUGUGCAAAAGCCUUGGCUAUCACCGCUCGAACACGUUUCCUCACACUCCUAGGUGGGUUUGCGUGA